AUGCUUCUUCUCCCAGCUGCUGCUCUGUGCUGUCUGUGUUCAGUGCUGGUUGCCAUGGCAGCAGAGCUAAUUCAGGAUGAUUUAACAUUGACCAGGAGAGUUGGUGAAAAAGUCUCCUUCAGCUGUCGACGCACUGACCAGUGUAACAGUGACUAUGUUCACUGGUUUCAGAAAAAAGACACGGGAACAUUCACAAAGAUUCUGGAAAUUAAGAAGACAAAUUGUCAAGUUUAUUCAGGUUACAAUCAUCCUCAGGAAGCUGAUUUUUCAGCUGUGAAUAAAAAAAAAAAAGAGAAAAAAGAGAAUGGCUGUGAGUUGGAGAUCCAGAAAGUUAAACCCAGUCAUUCAGCCACUUACUACUGCUGCUGUAAGGGUUCUGUGGGCUUGCUCUUUGGCUCUGGAGCUAAACUGUAUGUAACAGAUGAGCAGGUUGUGAAACCCGUGGUGAGCGUGUACCCAGCAGCAUCCAGAGCCCACCUGGAGGGGAAGACCUCCCUGCUAUGUCUGGCCUCAGCCAUGUUUCCCCCUCUGGUCCAGUUUUCCUGGAAAAGACGAAAGGAGAAUGGACCUCUGGAGAAGCUGCCCCCUGCUGAGGGAGAGCAGCUGGAGCUCAGAGAGUCGGGAUACAGUGCUGCCAUCCUGCUGAUCCAUCAGCAAGAGAACAGCGCAUAUAAAUACAGCUGCUACGUCCAGCAUGAGGGGGGAACAGUGGAGGCCGACACAGAACAAGAGGUUUCUACCUUUCCACCAUCACUUCCAACAGCAGCUUCAACAACACCUCCUCCACCAUCACUUCCAACAGCAGCUUCAACAACACCUCCUCCACCAUCACUUCCACCUGCCAUUGCUUCUGCCCUGUCUCAGUACCAAGUGAAGCUGUUCUGUGUACUGUACACAGUGCUGAUAGUGAAGAGUCUGGUGUACUGCUGUGGACUCUCUCUAUUGAUCGUCCUCAGAAACAAGGGACCGUCGACAAACUACACAUGGUAA